CAUUAAAAAACUUUCCACUUCAUUUUUAUGCGGGUCAUUACAGUAAUUACGCAAAUGCAUUUACAACAUAACCUCCUUUGCUAGUAUUAAGUCCCAUAUUGGAACUUUAAAACCACAUUUUCCUCGUUAAAUGAUUAAAAGUGUUUGUUAAAAAUGGUUUUGAAGGUAUUUAAGGUUAGCGUGAAUAAUUUGAGAAAUCUUUCGAUGCUUCGAAGUUCGUUAGAAGUAAGAAUUCCGCUAGCAAGUGGUUAUUUAUCGGGGAAAUGGUGGGGUCCCGAGGAUCGUAGGCCUAUUUUAGCUUUUCACGGAUGGCAGGAUAAUUGUGGAACAUUUGAUAGAUUGAUUCCAUUAUUGCCUCCACACAUACCCGUGUUAGCUUUGGACUUUUUUGGGCAUGGUUUUUCAAGUCAAAUUCCUCCAGGGAUGUUUUAUCAUGAUAUUGAUCAUUGUAUUACUAUUAAGAGAGUAAAAGAGUAUUUUGGUUGGGAGAAAAUAUCUUUAAUGGGGCACUCAAUGGGAGGAAUAGCUACAUUUCUUUAUAGUGCUUUAUUUCCUAAUGAUGUAGAUAUUGCAAUAUGCAUUGAUAGGUUGUACCCUUUACUUACAAAUAAAAAAGAUACUAUUUCGAAAAGUAUUGAAGAAUUUAUCAAAUAUGAUUCACUUAAUAGAAAGGGUGAUGAACCUCCAAGUUACACUUUUGAUGAAAUGGUUAAAAGAACGCACAUUGGUUCAAAAAGUUCUAUUGAUGUUGAAGUUGCUAAGUUCAUUUUAUACAGAAAUAUAACUCCAUCAAAAAAGCAUCCAGGAAGGUUCUUUUUUAAUAGGGAUGCAAGAGUGAAAGUCGGACCGAUUGAUUAUCAUGAUCCUAAUGAAGUUAUUCAAAUGGCGUCAAGAAUUACAAUCCCUUUGUUUCUUGCAAGGGCACGUGAUAGUGUUUUCUUUGGACGCCAUGAAAUCAUUAAUGAUUUACGAGAAACUCUUAAAAAAAGUAGCAAAGAUUUUCAAUUCCAUGAUGUUCCAGGAACGCAUCAUUGUCAUUUAAAUAAUCCGGACGUUCUUGCAGGUCUUCUUACUGAAUUUUUAUUGACUCACGAUCGCAAACGUCAAGGAAAUAGUGGACUUAAAGACGAAUUAAAGAUUGAUGAAAAUAUUUAUCCAAUUUCUAAGUAUAAAAGGGAAAUACUUGAGGAGUGAUUGAUAUUAUUUUCAAAGAUAUUUUGUUUUUAGUUUAUUGAUCUUUUAUACAAUACUUUUUAAGACUGCCAAUAAGUUGCAUUUUAUAAUUUGUUAAAUUUGUUGGUUGUUGUAAUUUUAAGGUUGAUAUUAAAGGAUAUUUUUUCUUAA